GAAAAAUGGAGGACCUCUUGAAUACAAGAAAGCAGCCUGAAGAUGUCAGAAGAACAUUGACAGACAAAAAAGGAGACACCAGUGCUAUUGUGAAUAGUUUAAAACAGAAGCUCCAUGCAGUAGAAAGAACAGUCAAGGACAAAGAAGCAGAAUUAAGUCAGCUAAAAAAGGAUAUAAAAAUGACAAAUAUUGAGGAGCUGCAAAUUCAGAGUGAAACAUAUUACCAAGAGGUUCAAAGAUUACAAUUGGCUCUAAUAGAAAUGCAGCAAUCUCAGUUGAACGGUUCUUUCGGAAUGACGAGUCCAAGGAAUAGUUCUCUUUCAAAAGGAACCAAAGGAUCCAAGCCCUCGAACGUUUCUCUUCAAAGGCUAGCAGAGGAAAACGAACACCUUAAAGCUGAUAAUCGCGCUCUUAAGAAAGAUCUGUUGACAGCGAUUGAAAAUGCGUCGAGUUCAGACAAAAAGACUACUCUUAGAGCUGAAUAUGCGGACAUGAACCGUGGACAACUUCUCGCGAAGAUUCAUGAAUUGGAAGAAAAAGUUCAAGACGCCGACGGAAAGAAAACACAAACUAGGAAAGGACCCUUAGUUGAAGGUAAAGAGGAUGAAGAAGUGAGAAGAAAAAGCACAUCUAAGGUCACUGCUGAAGUGCCAGGAAGAUUGGAGCUGAAGGGAACCACAUCCCAGAAACUAGCUCAACUGCAAGAAAGAGAAGUUGAACUCUUAGAAGAGAGAGAAAAGCAACGGGAGAUCAUUCAACGGCUGAAAGAAGAUCGUGCUCAUUACAGGGAAGUCGCCGAUGAUCUCAGAGUGCAGUUGAAGUCCACUCAAGCAGAUCUUGACAGACUGAGAGAAGAGAAGGGUGUUGUUGGGGAUAGAAGAUCAUCCACUAGUUCAGCAAGUCCAAGGAGGAAGUCAUCCGUUAGAGAGGUGCCGCCUCAGGAUGGUAACGAUGAAGAGAUGGAUGGCAUGUUGAAAGAAUUCCAACAGCAACGAGCCGCUAAGGCUCUUCAGAGACAAUGGAGAGGAUAUCAGGGAAGGAAAAUGGAAAUAGAAAAACAGGAUAGACAGGCAGUAGAGACACAAAAUCAAGCUGCUACAACACUACAGAAAAAUUGGCGGAAACACAGAGAUAAGACCAAACAAAUGGAUGAAGAAUCAAAACAAGAGGCAAUAACACAGAUUCAGGCUGCCUUGCGCGGACAAGCGGCACGUAAUAAGUACAUUGCACAGCUUGAUAAAGAACUGGAAUUUACAGACCGAGAUGACGCUGUCGUGGCCCUUCAGUCAGCAAUGAGAGCGCACUUAGCAAGAAAAAAACACCUUGGAUACAUUGAAGAGGACGAAAUCACAUCACGUGAUACGAGAACGAGAGGAAGUUCCAGUCACCACCUGGGCGACUCCGAGCCCGACUCUGAUGAAGUUCUGGUGACUAGAUCUUCCAGCCCCAAACGACAACCAGAACCGGCUACGACAGGUCUGAGGAGAUCAAGUUUAACAGGGCUUUCAGGUGAUCAAGCACAUGUUACGUCAGAACUUGCACGUGAUCCGACUGAAUCUGAUUCUGAUGAUGAUGCUGUCGUGAUCGGGCGAUCAGUAAAAAAUAAAAAGGAAAUUCAUAGCGAGGAAAUGAGUUCUAAUCAGUUGAACUCUGAAACUUCUGAGGAAAGAAACAAAAAAGAAUCAAAGAAACCACGCGAAACGAAAAAAGCUAAGAAGGAGUCGGCGAAGAAGGAAGCCAAAGAGGAAAAAAGUCUCAUAGACGAGGAGGGCCCAAGGCGGAGUUUGAUCACAGCUCCACGAUUUGCAAACAUCUCAGAAAACAGUGAGGAGGAUGAUGCUGUAGUAACUAGUCCGUCGAGAACGAGGUCAAUUCAAAAGAGAUCAGGCGGACGCGUCAAUGAUUCUACACUGGAAGAUACCAGACAGAAACCGAUGAAAAAAACCUUUGAGAUCGUCGACAGCGAUGAUGAAGACGAUGAGGACGAUGCGAUUGUCUCCUUGCCAAGGAGAUCGCUAGACACAGGAUUUAGUCCACAGCGACCUUCUCUUAGACAGUCAAGCCAGCCGCUAAGCUCUUCCGCGUCCAGCCAAAGGGAAGUUUUAGGUUCCAGUAGAGACGAAGCCCUUCAGAGACCAGGUCUGUCACUAUCGAAGAGGCCACUAAGUGGCAAAAGGCCAAGUUUAAAUCGCAGUGAGGGCGGUGACAGUGGAGAAGAGAGGACAUCCCGAUAUUCAAGCAUAGGAAAAUCCAGUUUGGCACUGGGCUCAGAGGAAGAAAGUGAUGACGACGCAGUUGUCUCUCGAUCAAGUAGAUCGCAAAACAAAGGAUUCAUUCAACAACGACCUUCUUCUCAGCGGUCAAGCCAAGCGAUAAGCUCUGCCGCGUCCAGCUCAAGGGAAGUCUUCGACUCUCAUAAGGACGAAGUCCCUCAGAGACCAGGUCUGUCACUAUCUAAGAGGCCACUAAGUGGCAAAAGGCCAAGUUUAGAUCGCAGUGGAGGCGGUGAUAGUGGAGAAGCGAGGAAUUUUCAUUCUUCAAGCGUAAGGAAAUCCAGUUUGCCCAUGGGCUCAGAGGAAGAAAGUGAUGACGAUGACGUAGUCGUGACAGGUAGAAAGACUAAGAAUGAUAAGAAGCCAGCUCGUUCCAGUCUUACACAGAAAUCAUCCGCAAGCACGCCUCCAGCGCCACAAAAGCGUGAACGUGGAUCGAUAGUUAGCAGCCUGGACAGCUUUUUCUCUUCCACUGCUUCGUCAAAAGAUUCCAAAAGCAAAAAGUCCCCCCGGAAAACUCUAGCUCAGUUCAAUGAUAGUGAUGAUGAUGAUGACGACGACGACGAAGAUGAAGUAGUUGUAUCGUCCCUGUUGGGAUCUAAAUCCAAACAGAAACGCAGAGUCUCCGCCGAUUCAGUCUCUAACUUAUGGGCAACAUCGGAUUCCGGAAACGAUUUAAAGACUAAGCGGAAGUCGAGUUUAAAAUCCUCGCCCAGUAACAAGUGGAAUGCGGACUUUGAGUUUGAGAAACCUUCUCAUCGGCGACCAGACUCACAGCUUGAUGAGCUGUUUUGACGAGGAGACUCGCCAUAGAUGCUCUGUACAGAUUAGACUGAAAGUCGUCAGAUAGACCCAAGGAGUUGUAGUAUAAUUGUUAUAUUUGGUGAAUAAACGAAACUUUUUAUA